GUUGUCUGACUAACUCACUUUUCACUUUCUCUGCAUCGCUUUGUGAAUUGUGAAUUGUUCCAUUUUUGAAUAGUUUCAAAGUUUCUGAAAAUUAGCAACAUGUCGAUAAUUGCGCCUCUUUCCCUCAUGGGAACGCGUACCAAGGGACAGUCGGUUCGAACACAAAAUGUGAUGGCUGCCUCAUCAAUUGCCAACAUCGUGAAGAGUUCUUUGGGACCCGUGGGGUUGGACAAGAUGAUGGUGGACGACAUUGGUGAAGUGACUAUUACGAAUGACGGGGCGACAAUUUUGAAACUGUUGGAAGUUGAACAUCCAGCAGCCAAAGUGCUCGUUGAGUUGGCCCAAUUGCAGGACGAAGAAGUUGGUGAUGGAACCACCUCCGUCGUCAUCAUCGCGGCAGAGCUACUCAAGAAUGCAGAUGAAUUAGUGAAACAAAAGAUUCAUCCGACAACCAUCAUUUCUGGUUAUCGAUUGGCUUGCAAGGAAGCGUGUCGAUACAUUGCUGAAAAUAUGGCGAUUCCUGUGUCAGAAUUGGGGAAAGACUGUCUUAACAAUGCAGCAAAGACCUCCAUGUCCAGCAAGUUGAUUGGAGCUGAUGCCGAGUUCUUUGGGAAAUUGGCAGUUGAUGCAUGUGAAGCAGUCAAAUUUAACGAUUCCAAAGGGAACGCAGUCUACCCGGUCAAGUCCAUCAAUGUUCUUAAAGCUCAUGGAAAGAGUGCCAGAGAAAGCACCCUUGUAAACGGAUAUGCCUUGAAUUGCACUACUGCCUCGCAAUUGAUGCCAAAGAAGAUUGAAAAAGCAAAGAUUGCAUGUCUGGACUUUUCAUUGCAAAAGGCAAAAAUGAAAAUGGGUGUUCAAGUAUUAGUUACGGACCCUGAAAAAUUGGACGCCAUCCGUCAACGAGAAUCUGAUAUGACCAAGGAGAAGAUUCAAAAGAUUUUGGCGUCUGGGGCCAAUGUGAUUCUAACUACAGGUGGAAUUGAUGACCUGUGCCUUAAGUAUUUCAUCGAAGCUGGAGCAAUGGCGGUGCGAAGGUGCAAGAAAGUAGACUUGAAAAGAAUUGCCAAAGCCACAGGAGCAACUCUUUUGGCCAACUUGGCCAACAUGGAAGGCGAAGAAACUUUCGAAACGAGUUACUUAGGAGAAGCAAAGGAAGUUGUCCAGGAGAGAAUUUGUGACGACGAACUAAUUCUCAUUAAAGAGCCGAAGGCUCGUACCGCUGCUUCCAUGAUUUUACGUGGACCCAACGAUUUCUACGUUGAUGAAAUGGAAAGAUCAAUUCAUGAUGCACUCUGCGUAAUUAAACGUGUUUGUGAAAGCAAGAAAGUCGUCCCAGGAGGUGGAGCGGUUGAAGCAGCCUUGUCCAUUUAUCUUGAAAAUUUUGCAACAUCUUUAAGCUCCAGAGAGCAGUUGGCCAUUGCGGAGUUUGCUCGAUCUCUUCUUGUGAUUCCCAAAACGUUGGCAAUGAAUGCAGCGCAAGAUGCCCAAGAUCUUGUGUCCAAAUUGAGGGCGUACCACAAUGCAUCUCAAACUAAGGCAGACCAGACUCACCUUAAGUGGUUGGGAUUAGACUUGUUCCAAGGAUCUGUCGUUGACAAUAAACAGGCUGGAGUUUUAGAACCAGCAAUAUCCAAGAUCAAAAGUUUAAAGUUUGCCACGGAAGCUGCGAUUACCAUUCUACGAAUUGAUGAUCUUAUUAAACUUAACCCAGAGAAUGAAAAGGCGUACAAAAAUCAACAAGACAUGUGCGGAGACUACGAUGAUUAAUUAAUUAAUUAGUUAUUUAACUUGCUAACUAACUAGUAUUUGGAUUUUUCUAAUUGCACCUUUCAUCCCCUACUUUUGGUUACCUACUAUCCGUUUUCAAAUGCUUAUCGAACCAAUUUUUGUACUACUUUUUAACGAAGCAUUCUAACUACACUUUAUUAAUAGGGAAAUUCUAUUAAGAAUCCUCCUCUUUUUUCAAACCAACCAACUAAUUAACCGGUGCCGUAAAGAAAACAAUAUUAGUUAAUAAGAAAUAGUCCAUAUGCCAAUUUUAUGCAAUUUGCUUAAUUUUGCACUGAUUUGAUUCUUAUUGUUAUAUGUAUUGUUUACUUAAUUGAACCAAGAAUAAAUACACAAUUCCCUUUACCUCA